AUGAUUCUUAUUACUAAGAAAAAACAGGAAAAAGAAAAUAUGCCAGAGGUUACUAUAGAAACUUCUAAAGGCCAGAAGAAUAAAACAGCAGAACAUAAAGAAGAAGACUUGUCUUUAGUUGCUUCUUCGAGCAAUAAAGAUCAAAUUUCAAAUGAACAAACAAAACAAACAACAUGUGAGAUGCUUACAUCCAAUCACAUAAACAACCAAUCAGAAGCCUAG